CAAUCCGUUCCGGUUCUUUAGUUCCCUAGAAUCAGAUUAUCAUCAAAACACAGCAAAUAAAUUCCAACGUCUUGCGCUUAAAAUUUUGUGUAAAAUAUACAAACAUAGAAAGAGUUGAGGUGUUCAAAACUAUAAACUUAAACGAUGCCAAACAGCAAAGAGAUGGGAACGGAUGCUGAUCCCGUAGACGAUGUCAAGUUGAACAGCCGCGAUAGCGUCGCCUUGAAGGAUUUGCUGCAGAAGCGAUUGUCGGAAUGCGGCUGGCGCAAGGACAUUGAGGAAAUGAUACGCCAGACCAUCGAGGAACGGGGCGUGGCUAACUUGACCCACGACCAGCUGGCAGCUGAGAUAGUCCCCCACGCUCGUGCUUUGGUUCCCGACGUUAUUCGAAAGGAGAUGCUGAUGCGCGUGCGUGCUGCCUUGGAUUCAUCUUUGCCCCCCGAAAAGAACUGACUCUUUCAUUCAGUAUCCACCAGAGCAUUUACAGGAGUCACGCAGCCUAUCUAAAAUUCUAGCACGUGUUUGUGGUUUAUUAUAUCGUAUUUAAGUAGAUAUUUACACUCUUAUUCUAGUUAUGAAUUGCGCCAUUAGUUAUACAAUAUGCAUGUAAUAAAUAAACAUCCUAAUUAUAGUUAGAA